GUUUAUUUCCGGCUAUGCAGAGCCUCCUAUUGGUUGAGACCUCACUCGUAGCUUUUGUAAGACCUUUACGCAAAAUGUUUUGUAACGUGCUGGACUGAGCUGCACUUUAUCUUGCUGGCGGGGACUCAGGCUCAUGUUGGAAGAGUAAAAUAAAGGAGGUGUGUCUAAGCCGUCUGUAGCAGCCCCUCCUCGGGUGUAGCAGCAGGAUGUCCUCGGUGCCCAGAGUGAGGCUGUCCGGAGGUCUGGAGGUGUGUCGGAUCCUGAACGGGAUGUGGCAGGUGUCCGGGGCGCACGGAGCCGUGGAUAGAGCCAAAGCAGUUGAGGCCAUGCAGGCCUAUGUAGACGCUGGUCUGACCACAUUCGACAUGGCAGACAUCUAUGGGCCUGCAGAGGAAAUAUUUGGACAAUUCAACAGCCAGCUGAAGUCCAGAUCCUCUGGGAAUGACAGCCCAGCUCUGCAGAGUCUGACCAAAUUCGUGCCAAGACCAGGACCAAUGGAUCGCAAGGUGGUGGAGAAGGCACUGCAGCGCUCCAUGAACCGCAUGCAGGUGGACAGUCUGGACUGUUUGCAGUUCCACUGGUGGGACUACAGAGACAAGAGAUAUCUGGAUGCACUGGGACACCUGUCCGACCUGCAACAGGAGGGACUCAUCCGAGAGCUCUCCCUCACCAACUUUGACACGCAGAGGCUGGAGGAGAUCACCAACAAAGGCAUCCGCAUCUCAAGCAACCAGGUUCAGUACUCGGUGAUUGACCAGCGACCUGCAGCGAAGAUGGAGCACUUCUGUCUGGCAAACAACAUUCAGCUCCUCACUUACGGCACUCUGGCUGGCGGUCUACUCUCAGAGCGUUAUCUUGGAAAGGCGGAGCCAAGUUCCAGGGCGGAGAUCAACACCGCCUCCCUCUCCAAGUACAAGAACGUGAUCGACACCUGGGGCGGCUGGAGCCUUUUUCAAGACCUCCUCGUUGCCUUGGAGACCGCUGCCAAGAACCACGACUGCUCAGUGGCUAGCGUGGCGACGCGUUACGUGUUGGAUCGCCCUGCAGUGGGCGGGGUCAUCGUAGGAUGUCGACUAGGCGUCGCAGGGGCGGGGCAACACAUCAGUGACAGUCUGCGUAGCUGCAGCCCUGACCUGAAGCUGCAGCAGGAAGAUCUCGCAGCCAUCGAAGCAGUGACACGUCGCUCCAGGGACCUCAUGGCGCUCAUAGGGGACUGCGGGGAUGAGUACAGGAGAUAGAGGGGGAGGGCAAGGCUGGGAGGACUGACUGACUGGAUGUGACAGAUGGGGUGAGGAGGAGGAGGAAACAUCUCACAAAGAGCAUCCCCACAGUGGAAAAUGAUAAGAUGCACUUCCUGAUGAAAUUCAGUUCAAAUCUCCAAUAGAAUUUUUGCCACUUUUGCUGAUUUUGCUCCACAUUAGUUUCUACACAUGAAGACCAAAGCAGCUGUUCUGCUCAGUAACAUUUAACAAGCCGGCUCUUUUUAUGCAACUUCUACAGAUUGUUUGUGUAGGUGUUUUUUUAAGUGACAUAUUUUAUAUCAUUAAACAGAUUGAAUACUUUUCUCCCGCAGCGCAUUCUCACACACGUCGGUUUUUACACCUAGUUAGUCAAUUAGUAGCAGAAUAAAGAGAAAUCUCAGUGUUGCUUUCUCAGUUGUCUAAACUAUCAUUGUUAGCUUGUAUUCUUAAUAAUAUGAUAAAUAUAAUACUAUUUUUAACAUAUGGCGUCUGAUUAAUGAGAUUCAGAGCUUUUUUUCUGUUGCUGGUUGAAUUAAAACCACCUCUAAGGAGUGUGUUGUGAAGGUAAAUAAAACUUUUUUUUCCUCAUUUUGCCA